UGUAUUUGGGCGUGUAAUUUAGUUGCCGGUAUCGUGCGGUUUGAAAAUUUACUCAAUAAGUCUUGAAAAAUAAUUUACUUAUGCAAAAUGUUUAAAAAGUAUGCAAGUUUUGACGAAGAAAAAGGCGAAAUUGUUGCUUUAUUAAAGGUGGAUCAAAAUUUUCAUCCUGAAAAUCCGUUUUGUGAAGACUUUAGUAAUCAAUUUUGGGAAGAGGUUAUAAAAGAAUAUAAUGUUGAACAAAAUGGACUUAAUGCAGCUAAAGCCCAACGUAAAAUUAGACUUCAGUAUAUUCAGCGAUCUGUUCCAAAGAAAGAAGAUGUUGUUGAGUAUCUUCUAAAGGAUGUUCCUGAAAAGUUUAAAAGUUAUUGUGCUAUUAACAAAAUAAAAAAUACAGAUAUAAAAUUUACAAAUUUAGUGUUUGAGAUCAACGAGUUUAUAAACCUUAUUUUGGAAGAAGAUUCCCAAAAGGCUAAUCGUGAAAGAAGAUAUAAUAAACUUUUAAAGCUCUCUCUUGGUUCCAGGAGAACAAUUUUGCAUUUGGCAGCUGAUCAAGACUUAGAUAUGGUAGUUAAUACAAUUAUAUUAUUUUAUCCAACCCUUGUUAAUGUAACAACUGAAGUGGACGGUUUUGAUGAUAAUCCUUUAUGCUUUGCACUCAGAAAGUUUUAUGAUAAAACAUCUAGUUCACUUAUAAAUGCAAUGGAUAGUUACAGUGUGCGUUGUUUAUUUGAAAGUAAUGAGAUGGCAAAUGCACGUUUUUUUUUCAAAGAUUAUAUCAAUCCUAAACAGAAUGUAUCCAUGAAGGAAACAGUUUUAGCUAUACUCGAGAAGCUAAUGAAUCCUUACUGGCCAUUUAAGCCUGUUAAUGAAAUUAGUAAAGAAAUUGAAUGGUAUGAUAUGCCUAAAGCUCCAUUAUCUCAUCAUUUUUACUUCCAAAUAUUAGAUGCUGAUGGUAAUGGAAAUGCACCAAAAUAUGAUAAUGGUAAAGUUAAUAAAAAUUUUAACCACAGAAGUAAAUCAUGUUUACAUCUUAUUGCUGAAUCAGCAAGUUGCAGGGAAGCGAUUCAACAUCCUGUUGUUAGAUUGUUAGUCAAGAGAAAAUGGAAUGAAUAUGGACAAAACUUGAUUAGGAUUUAUGCAGGCCUUUAUUUAAUGUUCCUUGUCUUAUUCUCUCUUGCCCUUUUUAUACAACCAGAAAAAAAAGGAUUAAAAUACAAUGGCUCAUUGGAUUUUUUUCGUUUAUUUUGUGAAGUUGGAACUUUAUUGUUUGUAAUAUUUUAUAUAUUCUUGGAAGUGGAUGAAGGUGAAAAGAGUUGGUUGAUUUACUUCAGAGAUUUUACCAACUACAUUGAUAUAUUAGGAUUGGGAACUAUAUUGCUUAUUGUUCCAUUUCGAUUUGCAGAGUUUCCAACAUUUUAAUUGGUCAAAUAAGCAAUCGAUAUACUGAAGCUCAGUCUGAGGCUAAAAUCCAAUAUGAUAUUGAUAAAACAAAGUUUAUAACAAAGAUGGAGAACUCUAGAAUUUGUGGGAGAUUACGAAUUCGCUACUACGAAGAAGGUGGUUACGCAACUAAUUCUGUUGAAGAAGAUGAGGUCAUUGCUGAUUGGGUUGCAAUGAAAGAAAAAGAGUCUUUAAAUGAAGAAAAUAAAAUCAAAUUUGAAUCUCUGAGAGGAAACAUAAAACUAGGAGAAAAAAAAGAAGAAUAAUUUAAUGGUUUAUUUUUAAGAGUGAUUAACGAAAAUUUUGAAUUAAAGAAGUAUAUUUUG